AGUUCUCAACACAACACAACACAAAACACAUCAGAAAACCAUGGCCUCUUAUUCUCAAGCUUUUAUUUUUGUUUCACUUAUUGUUUUGGGUAUUUACAGUAGAAGUAGUAGUGCAGGGCGCGAGCCAUUCGCUUGUGACCCAAAAGACAAAACGACAGGAAACUUGGCGUUUUGCCGAGUGUCGUUGCCGGUAAAAGAGAGAGUGAAGGACCUGAUCGGACGGCUGACAUUGAAAGAGAAGGUGGGGCUGCUGGUGAACAAUGCGGCGGCGGUGCCUCGUCUGGGGAUUAAAGGGUACGAGUGGUGGUCGGAGGCUCUUCACGGCGUCUCCAAUGUGGGGCCCGGUACCAAGUUCGGUGGGGCCUUUCCUGCCGCCACUAGCUUCCCUCAAGUCAUCACCACCGCUGCUUCUUUCAAUUAUACUCUCUGGGAAGCAAUCGGACAGGUUGUGUCAGAUGAGGCCAGGGCCAUGUAUAAUGAGGGUGCAGCUGGGCUCACCUACUGGAGCCCAAAUGUAAAUAUACUGAGGGAUCCAAGGUGGGGCCGUGCACAGGAGACUCCCGGUGAAGACCCGGUCGUCGUUGGCAAAUACGCAGCCAGCUAUGUUAAGGGAUUACAGGGAAACGACGGUGACCGGUUGAAGGUUGCAGCCUGCUGCAAACAUUUCACAGCUUACGACCUUGAUAAUUGGAAUGGGGUUGAUAGAUUUCACUUCAACGCUAAGGUUAGCAAGCAAGAUAUAGUGGACACAUUCGACGUGCCGUUUAGAAUGUGUAUAAAGGAAGGUGGAGUGGCUAGUGUGAUGUGCUCCUACAAUCAGGUCAAUGGUGUCCCUACCUGCGCCGACCCUAAUCUCCUUAAAAACACUGUGCGCACCCAGUGGGGUCUUGAUGGGUAUAUUGUCUCGGAUUGUGACUCGGUUGGUGUUUUCUAUGAUACUCAACAUUACACCUCCACACCCGAAGAAGCGGCUGCUGAUGCCAUUAAAGCAGGUUUGGAUUUGGAUUGUGGGCCUUUUUUGGCGGUUCACUCGGAAAAUGCGGUGAAGAAAGGGCUGUUGAGCGAAGCUGAUGUGAGCAAUGCAUUGACUAAUACCCUCACUGUCCAAAUGAGACUAGGAAUGUUUGAUGGAGAGCCCUCUGCCCACCCAUAUGGAAAAUUGGGCCCAAACAAUGUAUGCACUUCAGCCCAUCAAGAGCUAGCCCAUGAAGCAGCCGUUCAAGGGAUUGUGCUUCUCAAGAACCAAGGUCCUUCGCUUCCGCUGUCAGCUCUUCGCCACCGCACUGUCGCUGUUAUUGGGCCUAAUUCCGAUGCAAACGUCACCAUGAUAGGCAACUAUGCCGGUGUGGCAUGUGGAUACACAACUCCACUCCAAGGAAUCGAAAAAUACACAAAAACAAUUCACCAGAAGGGUUGUUCCGACGUGGCCUGCACUGGAGACAAGUCAUUCAAUGCAGCCAUCAAAGCAGCCCGUCAGGCCGAUGCAACAGUUUUGAUUAUGGGCCUUGACCAGUCCAUCGAAGCUGAGUUCAAAGACCGGGCCGGGCUACUUCUUCCUGGGCACCAACAAGAGCUGGUAACUAAAGUAGCUGCUGCUGCCAAAGGCCCAAUUAUAUUAGUUCUGAUGUCUGGUGGCCCAAUUGAUGUGUCGUUCGCUAAAAACGACCGCCGGAUCGGUGCCAUUGUAUGGGCUGGCUAUCCGGGUCAAGCCGGUGGAGCAGCCAUUGCUGAUGUCUUGUUUGGAAAGAGUAAUCCAGGUGGAAAUCUUCCAAUGACAUGGUAUCCCCAAGAAUACUUGACAAACUUGCCAAUGACGACCAUGGACAUGAGAUCAACCCCAUCAAAGAACUACCCAGGAAGAACAUACCGAUUCUACAAAGGACCAGUCGUAUACCCAUUCGGCUACGGCCUCAGCUACACCAAGUUCCAACACUUCAUAGCCAGUGCACCCGCUACGUUCUCCGUCCCAGUCGACGGCCACCACAAAGCCCAAAACGCCACCGUUUUGAACAAGGCCAUUCGGGUCACCCACACCAGAUGCAACAAUCUCUCUCUUAGGGUUCAUGUCGAUGUUAAAAAUAUUGGCUCCAGAGAUGGGUCACACACACUUUUGAUCUUCUCAUCCCCGCCGGGCGGGCGCGGCAACUGGGCUCCACACAAACAGUUGGUGGCCUUUGAGAAGGUUCGGGUCGCAGCCGGGUCGACUCAUCGAGUAAGGUUCAGUAUCCAUGUUUGCAACUACUUGAGUGUGGUGGAUAGGUCUGGGAUUCGAAGAAUCCCAAUGGGAGAGCACAGUCUUCAUAUUGGUGACCUUAGGCACUCUUUUUCAUUACAAGCAACUACGUUGGGAGUGAUUAAGUCUUAAUUUUUGUCAUGAAGAUAUGGCCGUGGAUAGUAGAAGGAUUCAUUCCUAAGCAAAUAAAAAAAUUAGAUGGCAUAAAGAUUUAGUUGGAUUUUGUUUUUUCUUUGACAAAUUUCGUUAUAUAUUUUAGAUACGGUUUUAAUGAUUUAAGUAUUGAUUGAACAAUUUCUAAAUAAAAUGAAAUUUUUCUAUCUA